AACCAACAGUGAGGGAGCGCCUGCACUAUGUUUACAUCUGAUAUAUGGAGCCGAGAAAUUGGGAUUCAGCAAUUCUAAUGAGUUGACAUCUCAUUUACAUCUUCGUCAUGCUCACAGCCUGAAUCUACACCAUAAAAAGAAACUGUGUUGCUAGGGAACUUGAAGAUGAGGAUGGAUAACACAGAAGAGGAUAAUAAUUUGGGAUAUAUCUGCAGAGAAGACUACUGACCUUGAUAAAAUGAAGAGCCCUUUGUUAGCAGUGAAAAUGAAGACUCAUUGGCAUGGAAAUUUCUUUCCUCUUCUCAGAUUAAUGAAAUGUUAGUGUUAUCUGCAUCUGGUGUUGAGAAGAAAAUGGAAGAUAUCUUAAACUUAAAACACCAUGAGACUUGCUUAAAGCAGGGUGUUAUAUUGGACUAUUAUGUUUCUGGAUUUUGGUGGGCAAAGGAAAUGAAUUUCACAGUUCAACAGAUAUCAAGCUUUAUGACUGUGCUACACAUUAUGUUGGAGAAUCUGAGCAAUAAAAGCAUGUUGCUAGAAGACAGUAUAAAAGAACUUGCAAAGUUGUUAGCUGGGAUUGGAAUUCCUGGUUCGGAAAAGAGUGCUUGCCUGGAUUUUUUCUCAGUAGAUCAAGCAUGUGCAGUCAUCUCUUACUUGAAAACAAGUUUAUUUCAGCCUUACAAACUAUAUGAAUUCCUGUUUAAACAUCCAAGAGAUGAAGUAGUACUUGGAGCAGAGGAAAAGGUGGAGCUUGUUAUAACCGCUGAGGGACCCUACCCUUGCCCAUUGGAAGAAGGCAUUCCUUAUGAUUAUUUUUCAAGAUUUAUAAUGCCUCCUCCUACCGAAGAAGCUGCUGAUAAGAUGAUUCAGCAGCCAACUCAAGAGUCGGAAGACAGUGAAAUUGCAUAUGAAACCACAGAGAUGGACCCUAUGGCUUGUUACACAAUGGAAGAUGUUAAACUAGUACUGGGUCAAGUGACAAGUGAAGUCAUAGGGAGCCUUCAGAGUGAGAUAAAUGAGAAGUUGCGCUUGCAAGAGGAGACCUAUACUGCAAGAAUAGAAAAGAUUAAGAAGGUGUAAAGGCUGCUGUAAUGGUCUGAAUAACACUCAAAUGCUAAAGCCACAUCCUUACAAUAUGCUCAGAUCUUUUAUAGAAAUCUUUCUGUUGUUCUGCAUAGUGUAAUGUUCACAGAAUUAUUUUCCUGUUAUUGCUAAAAACAUUGAAGACAGUUGCCAUAUUUUUUUGUAUAUUCUUAUUGUCAGUUAUUAUGUUAAAUGCACUCUAAGUGGUCAUUGUAUUUAAAACUGUAAUGAAAACAAGGGGUGCAAAUGUGCAGAGUAAUUAUUUCUAGUAUUUUAAAUAUUAAAGUUAGAGGUUCAAACCUUAGAAAUCAAGUACUCAGUUUCUUAUAAUAAGCGACUGUAGUGUCUUGAAAUAAAUGUAUCAUUUUACUUGCUUUCAUGCUCGAAAAUCCCCAUUUAUUAAGGUUUGCUAUUCUUAUAGAUAAGGAAAGUUACAGUUCCUCUUCUUAACUGACAGUUAUUUUAUUAAUAGCCUGUCUGUUGAUUCUGCUACUGUUUAAUGACAUGCAGUCUUAUAAGUCCUUAAGUGAAAUAUGAUGUUGCAUCAUCUACUAAAUUAUUACUGUUUGAUCUUAUCACGUCUGCUUGUGGACAGAAAUCCUGUGCAAAUGUGAGAAGUAAUAUAAUGUUUUGGUUCCACAGAGGCAGUAAUUUUGUUUUUCAUGACAUAUUCAUUUAGCUGCUGUUUUUUACCUACCAGAAAGCAUGCAAAGAAAAUGAAGAUUUGCAGUUACUAGCUUUCCUGCAAAUUAUUUAUUCUCGCAGGCCAGAUUAAAAAGAGUUCAUCCAUUGCUGUGCUUUGUUCUGUUUGCAAAACUUGUUAAGAUCCUUCUGAUCAUUCAAGUUUUCCUCCUUAACUAUAAUUAUGUGAUAGUUAUCUUCGCCCCAUGUCCCAGAUGUCAUCUGGUUUUGAGGUUGUACAAAGAGGUGUGGUAGAACUGAAGUCUGGAAAGACGCAUUGCUCCUGCUUGUACUCAGAUGAUCUUUUCAUUAAACAGAUUAACCUGA